UAUUCUCGGUUGCUCCUCGCUCGAGUUACGGUUUAGACUUUAGAGCGUAAAGCAGUGAGAAAGUGCGAGAAAAAGUGAGCGAAAACGGAAAUGGGUAGCUCAUCGGACGACUUCUCGGUUUUCGUACUGGCCUCGGAUCUGGGCAUGGACGCAAGACCCUUCUUGGAGAUCCAAGAGAAAGAGACCGAAGACCAAGAGAACUGGCACGACUGCCCUCAGUACCUCUCCGACGAGGAUUUCUCCGACCUCGAACUUUUGCAGUUCUUUCGUAUUCAAGGUCUCGACAAGUCCGGCAAUCGGAUUUUUCGCAUCGUCGGAAAGUACUUUCCCGCUCCAAUUGUCAGCGCAGAUCGUUUGAAGAGGUAUAUUGUUCAAAAGCUAUGCAGUGAAUUGCCUGAAGGGCCAUUCUCCAUUGUUUACAUGCAUAGUACUGUCCAGAAAGAGGAUAACUCCCCUGGGAUCACUAUCUUGAGGUGGAUUUAUGAAGACCUUCCUUCUGAUUUCAAAGACAGGCUUCAAUUUGUCUACUUUGUUCAUCCUGGGCUUCGCUCGCGGCUUGUAUUUGCUACCCUCGGCCGAUUCUUCCUAAGUGGAGGUCUGUAUUGGAAGAUCAAGUACGUGAGUCGUUUGCAGUACCUUUGGGAUGAUGUAAAGAAGGAAGACAUUGAAAUUCCCGAAUUUGUGAAAUCUCAUGAUGAUGUUCUGGAACACAGACCACUAACCGAUUAUGGUAUUGAACCAGACCCUCUUCACUUAACUGAGGUUCCUGCCAUGGCUUGCUCAUUUGGGAGAUAUGACGAGAGAUGGGCAUCAAGACAUGAUAUGUCCUAGUUUGGCUAAUGCAUUUCAGUCCAAGUUAAGGCCUUACUAAAAGGUAAAUGUUAAAGUUAUAAUACGACACUAGCAUUGUACAUAUUUAUCCUUUUGUGUUCUUCACCUUAUUACUCUUCUUAGUGAUUUGAACUGGCGAUCAGAACCUGUAUAUUGUUUUGGACAUCUUUACCUUUAGUAGACCGGCCAUGUUGAUUGGUUGUGUGCAAAAAAUAAGUGUAUUUUAGGCACAGGGAAUCUUGAAUCAGAAGAUGAUGAACCUAAAUCAGAGAGACUAGUAGUAGGAGCUUGAAGAAUAACAUUUCAUUAUCAAACUGAAAUUGCUGUAUUUUACUGUAUUGUCAAAUUAUUGGUGCUAUACUGUUGAUUAUGAAGGACAACAUGUUUUAUUGUUAUUUUUUUAAA